GUCUGGUCGCACGAAGCCCAUCCUCAUCGAGUCGGAGUCCAAGCUCAUCGAGCGGCUGCAGAUUAACGAGUUCCUCUUCAGCGCCCAGCAGGCGCGCAACCCGGUGCCCAUGCUGGUGGAGAAGGUCUCACACGUCCUGGAGAUGUUGCACACCUCGCAGGCGCAGGCGGACCUCUACCUGCAGGACCUCCAGCGCUCCAACAGCAUGUUGACAGCCCUGCGCCAGAAGAACAUGACGCUCUACGAGAAGGUGCAGCUCUGCGAGACAUGGAAGAUGCGGGCGCUCUUGAAGAUCGCGUCGAACGAGUUCGAGGUCAGGCAAAACGUCAAGGGCGUCAAGAGGGAUGCUGAGCCCAACCACAAGCUCUACCUGGAUGGCCUGCAGUACACCAACAAGGAGUUGGAGGAGCUGAAGAAGGUCAUCAUGAAUUACGGCAAGCAAGACCUGACGAAGGAGAUCCAUUUGCAAGACAAUUCCCUGGACGAGUCGAGCACCGGGCUCCUGAUCGACCUGCUGGACAUGUGCCCCUACCUCGUGAGACUCAACCUCAAGAGGAAUAAGCUCAGCGACGCCGCCAUCAACAAGCUCCAGACCUACAUCGAGAGGAUCCCUGGGGUCACCAGCGUGCCUCGAGACCCUGCCACUGGCGCGCUGAAGGCCAAGUCGGGUAACCAGAUCCGCCUCACGGUCGACCUGGAAGACCAGAGCCCCCCGGACCCGAGCGAGUCCAAGGAGCCGGGCGGGGUCUGUCUGCCAGAUCAGGUUCUGGGCAGCCUGCUGGAGCUGGGCACGGAGGUGGGCAUCCUGGAGAGCCAGCUCAACGCGAACGAGGCCAAGCAGCUGGCAGAUCUCGCGCGGAAAGGAGGGGACCUCACCACAGCAUCCAAGUAUGAGGCUGAGUUCAAGAAGUUGCACGCACAGGAGUCGCCCAAGCCUCCCGCACCUCUCCACCAGCGCGUGCAGCAGCAGUUCGCCGCGGUGGCUCGACUGGAGAAGGCGUCGGAUAGGGAGGUGGACAAGCUUUUGGGCUGGAGGAAUGACGUCGCCAAGCUCGGGGACACGGUGCGGAGCAUGCGUGAGGAGUUGGCCACGGCCGAUCAGCAGUACAAGGCUCUGGUGGCCGAGCUGCAGCAGCAGGCGCCUGCGGCCCCCGCCCCCGCUGCGCCAGCCCCCGCCAAGCUCAAGCUGGAAGACUUGUGCGCCGACACCUUCGACCUGGGCGCCUUCCUCACAGUGGACGCGGUCAGUUUCUUCGAGGGCGACGCUGAGCUUGAGGACAAGGACCGCGAAGAGAUCGCCAAGAGGAAGGACGACCUCAACGCUGGCGUCCCCAAGCUCGCCAAAGACCUGCUGGGCCCCCUGGUGGCCGCUGCCAAAGGGGAGAUGCUGGAGCUGAUGGUGAGCCGCGUGAGGCACCUGCAGCUGCCCCUGGCACGGCGGCCGCUGAGACUGCCCCAGCUGGCGGUGGCCAACGUGGAGCUCCCAGCGUGCAUCGGCACGGUCGUUGAGCAGGUAGGCAGCUCGGAUUCCGCUGAAGUCGUGCAGCCUACACUCCGGAGUGAGUCUACGCAGCAGAAGGAGUCUGCUCCCGCCGACGCUGUAACGGAGCUCUGUCACAGCGAAGGCGUGUCGACCGAAGCCGAUCUUGUUGGUUUGCACGUGUGUGAGGCCGAGUUGGUCCAGCGCCCGUCAGCGCUGGCAGGCAACGCGUCGAGGCGCACGGCUCUCGUCGCGAGCCUUCGGGCAGGCGCUGGCCCAGGCGGCCCGGGCGCGGGCCCCCGUGCGCCCGCGGCCCCCCCCCCGCCUCAGCAGAAGUUCCCGUCGCGCUGCAAGCGCACGCGUCACCUCGCUGAUGCGCCGCAGCCGAGUGAGGCUGCAGCUGGCACCCGGACUUUGGCGCCAGCGCCACCCCUCACCGAAGAGGGCGCCCGGCGCCUGGAGCCGCCGACAGCCUCUCCGCACAUAUGUGGUGAUCUUUGCGACCUCUGCGUUUCGGCUGGCACUCGCAGCACCAAGUGGAUGCCAUUCGUCGACCAGGAUGCUCGCUUGCACCGACAGCUUUUCGGGCGACAGUUCGCCGGCACAAGCGACGGACGCAUGACUGCCGCGAUCCGCGCUUGGAAGCGCUGGCUAAAGUGGGCUCGCCCCCCUGGCGCCAGCCUGAGCAUCGACGCAUGGGCCGCUGAGCCGCCCCACCUCGGCGCAUUCCUGCUGGGCGCUGCCAUGGCGGUCGAGCGCUACGCCGAGUAUUUGCCUGACGGCAUCGAGGAGCUCUACGACACGCCAUACGAGGACUGGGCCGGUUUGCCUCGGCACGGAAACGCGCAUGGCAACUCUGGCGACGAUGAUAACGACGACUGCACGUCAGAAGCGGAGACCACACCUGCCACCGAGACCGAGCCACAGGAACUCUAG